AUGGAAUCGGCGAACGAUACUCCAGAGCCGGUGGAGAAGGUGGAGACGGUGGCGGGGGAGGGGCAGGGAAGGGCGCGGGGGGAGACGCAGUCGGCGAACUUUACUCCAGCGCCGGCGGAGAAGGUGGAGACGGUGGCGGGGAAGGGGAAGGGGAAGCGGAAGAAGGGGAAGGGGAAGGGGACUAGGGGCGUCUUCUGCGGUCGAGGUAUCGAGUUGGGCAAUUGUGGACUGAUCUUGGUUCUUUUUGAGACGCAAUCUGGGUUUGCAAUUUUCACUUAUGAUGGUAUGAAUCUCCUCCUAGAUAAUGCAGUUGAGAAUAUCUGGGUAGAUUUCAUUGAGGGUUACUUGGCAAAAUCAAUGGUUUGGCUGAAAGAAUUUAAACGUCUUGAGAACGUGAGCAGCGCGAUCGACCCUGUUACCGGUGUUGACGAAGAUCUUGCUAUGACGAUCCGGAAAUACAUCGUUCCUGGGCAGCAACUAGCUGUUGGAAAGCCUGAAUAUAAAACCAUCAUUGAAGACAAGUUGGAAAUAUCCUGCCUGCAUGAUGAUGCGGUCAUGGAAUUGAUGUGGGGCCUUGGGAACUGCGUAGAGUAUCUAGUGCCUUCAGAAAAGUUGGAGCUGACUAUGGAGGGUCGCCUCCGUAUGAGUAAAGGAUUGAAAACUGUCCUGGAAAGUUAUGACUUACAAGUUGAACCAGAGAUGGUUAAUAAGCAUAUUAUUGAGACAGCAGGUGUUGUGUAUAGUUGUGACCAUUCUGUCAACAAACAUGGUAAGUCCUUGCGGGCUGCUGGUGAGCACCUUAAGAAGAUUUCAGACAUUGACUCGCAGGAUUGGUGUUUAAUUAAACUAGUGACUGCUCUCAAGUUAUUAUGUUACCCUACAGAGGAACUUCCUGGAAUUCCUCUUGAGGUUUUCUCAGCAGAGGAGUAUUCCAAGUUGGUGAAUGAUGGACCUAAAUACGAAGGUAAACUAUUGAAGGUGUCUUGCAAGACUGUCUUCAAAGAAAUGGUGUGGGCCCGUCGUCUGAGGAAUAGGAUGUUAAGACUCUUGGCCCAUUACGUGAGGGAGGCAAGAAAAGCAUAUGAAGAGGACCAAACUUUGAUGAGCAGCUGUGAGGGAGGCAAGAAAAGCAUAUGA